UUAGUCCAAUCCCAGUCAACACAUCACUCUCUUAUCUCCUCUCCCUCUCUCUCUCUCUCUCUCCCCUGAAUGCAUGCUAGGUGACCCCCACCCCAACCCCAAAAGUCCAUCCCCCACUCACAUCACCAUCCGCUACCCAAUCUAACAACGCCACCUGUCCCAAUCAUCCUAUUAAACGCCAAAACAAACAAAAAUAAAAGACCGCCUAAGCCUUCUCCAACCCUCCCUCUUUCUUCUCCUCCUCCUCAUCAUGGACUCACAAAUCCAGUGAAUCACUCUCUCUCUCAAGCUCUCGUCGUCAUAGCCAUGGAGAACUACUCCUACAGCUCCUACCCGGAAUCCGGCGACUCGUCCCCUCGCUCCCGCGAGAUCGAUUUCGAGAACCCUCCGCCAUGGGACGUCGACCAAGCCAAUUCGCAGGCCCAGAACUACAAAGUCAAGUUCAUGUGCAGCUAUGGCGGCAAGAUCCUCCCCCGCCCGCACGACAACCAGCUCUGCUACGUCGGCGGUGAGACCAAGAUACUCGCCGUCGAUCGCGGCACCAAGUUCGCCGCCCUCGUCUCCAAGCUCUCCUCCCUCUCCGAAAACGACGUGUCGUUCAAGUACCAGCUCCCCGGCGAAGACCUCGACGCCUUGAUCUCUGUCACCAACGACGACGACUUGGAGCACAUGAUGCACGAGUACGAUCGCGUCUACCGGACUACCGCUAGGCCCGUCCGCAUGAGAUUGUUCCUCUUUAACGCCAGCCCUGACGGCGGAUUCGGGUCGGAUGGUGGAAGAUCCGAUAGGGAUCGGUUCGUUGAAGCUCUAAAUUCCAGUCCUGCCCAGGGACCCGACUCGAAUUCCAAGCCUCCUGUACAAAAUAACGUCGACUUUCUCUUCGGUUUGGAAAAGGGAGGUGUCCCUGCCGUCGUGCCGCCUCCUCCGCCCGCGGUGCCUACGGUACCGGAACACGUGGCUCCGCCACCAGAAUUCCAGGUCAGGUCGGGUCAUGGUGACCGGGUGAUCGGGUCGGAUCCGGUGGAGUUCCAGAGGCAUUUGCAGAGGCUACAAAUUGCAGAGCAAGAUCAUCAGCAGGCCAUGUAUCGGAGACAGGUUGACGAGAAUAUCGUCGGAGGGUACGGCGGCGGGGCGGGAGAUUAUUACGUACAGAAACUUCCAGAGAAGGCGCCUCCGGUGACGGUGGGGCCGCCGGCGGGGUACUGGGCGGAGAAGCAGGUCCCGAGUGUGGGGUUUCCAGGGACGGCCCCACCUGAACAGCCGAUGUACAUGAUCACAGCCACCACCGGAAGCGGCGCUAUGUAUCACGCGCCGCCGCCAAUGGUGCGACCGGUUACCGGCCCGCCCGGUCAAGGGGAUUACCACAUGCAGCCGCGGAUGGGGUCUGAAGUUUACCGGGAACAGCCGGUGUACAAUGUGAUACCACAGCCUCAGCAGCCGCAGCAGCAGCAGCAGCCAAGUACUCUGCCACCGCAGCCUCAGCCAAGUACUCUGCCUCCGCAGCCGCCAAAAUAUGUGGCGACGUACGCCGAGGCGCCGCCGUAUACUCAGAUGGCGUACGAUAGCGUGACGGGGAGGCAGGUGUACUAUACUGCGCCAGGAGGUGGGGUUAUGCAGCCACCGCAGCAGCAGCAGUCGUACCAAGCUAUGGGUCCCCCGGCAGUUGGCGGUGAAUUGCGAGUGGCUGGCGGGUUGAGCCAAGAGGGUAAGGUGGUGGGUUCAAAGCUUCCACAGACUUCUGUGUGAUAUUUAAUUUUUAAUAAAAAUUACAAUAUGAAUAUAUAUAUAUAUAUAUAUAUAUAUAUAUAUUAUAUAAUAUAAAUAGAUGAGAUAAAUUUGAAAGUUGGUUAUGUUUCUGCUGGUCUCGUGUUUUGAUAACAUAUGGUGGAAGUAUUAUUAUUAGUUUUUGCUUUUUAUUUUGUAUGCUUUGUUCGAGAGAAAGAUAUUAAUGGCUUUUGUGCUUUGUCUU